GGUUGCUACUAAUAGUUUUUUUUGACAUAGAGAGAAGGAUAAACAAACAAAGGAAAGCUUACAUCUCAAAAGAAAAAAAAACCCCUAAAAAAAAGAAUAGAAGUACUCUCUAACCCUAACCCUCGAAUCCAUUCAAGCUUUCAAUCUAAACUUUUUUGACAAAUCACUACACAUAAUUUCGGAUUCUCAGCAUCAUUUUAAGUUUUCCGUAGUCGAGGAGCAGAUUAGAAGAGCGAGAGAUACUAAUUUAAAGGAUUGCGGGCAAAUUCAUCGUUUUCCGACGACACCGGACCAUCGGAUCUUCGAAAAAUCAGAAGACUCAAUUUUGCUCAGGUUUAUCGUGGAAAUUUUUUACUCUUAGAUCUGCUGGACACCUUGGUCAAGAAGCAUGUUUGGCUCAAGUAGCCCUUUUGGGCAAUCAUCUAGUGCAUCCUUUGGAUCCCAGUCACCUUUUGGGCAAAGCAAUCAAGCUAGUAAUCCGUUUGCUCCGAAGCCUUUUGGUGCUGCUAACCCUUUUGGCUCACAGACAGGAGGUUCAAUGUUUGGUAACACCUCGACUGGUGUUUUUGGACAAUCGUCAUCACCGCUGUCUUCGACACCAGUGUUUGGUGCUGCUUCAUCACCAGGAUUUGGGAGUUCAAAUCCUGCUUUUGGAAGCUCAUCAUCAUCUUUUGGAGGGGGUUCUGCCUUUGGGCAGAAACCUGCUUUUGGAGGUUUUGGUUCUGGUGGUCAAACAAGUCCAUUUGGAAGCUCAUUUCAACAAUCACAGCCCUCGUUUGGCAGCAAUGUAUUUGGUGCUUCUGCUUCCUCACCAUUUGGUGCUUCAAGCCAACCUUCAUUUGGUGGUGCAAGCACCCCUGCUUUUGGAUCGUCAACUACACCAUCAUUUGGAGCUACAAGCAACCCAACAUUUGGAGCUGCCAGCACCCCUGCCUUCGGCUCAACGCCUAGUCCUGGUUUUGGAAGCUCAGGAACUGCCUUUGGUGCUUCAAGUACUCCUGCUUUUGGGUCAGGGGGAGCAUUUGGUUCUACUAGCACUUCUGCUUUUGGCGCUGGUGGUGCCUCUGCAUUUGGCGCUUCAUCCACCCCUGCAUUUGGUGCUGCAACCACUCCAUCAUUUGGGGCAGCCAGCACUCCAUCAUUUGGUGUUGCUUCCUCUCCAGCUUUUGGCUCUACCACUAGCACUCCAGCAUUUGGUGCAGCACCUUCUAGUUCCCCAUCUUUUAAUUUUGGUACUAGUGCAACCUUUGGUCAAACUACGUCUAAUUUUGGAAGCUCCAAUUUCGGGUCUACACCAUCUGCUUUUAGUGCCUCGUCUUCUCCAUUUGGGUCGUCAACUUCGACUACGUUUGGUGGUGGCUUUGGGCAAUCAAACUUGGGAGGAAGUAGAGUUGCUGCCUACACACCAACUGUAGAAGUAGAUGCAGGUGCCAGUAGUCAAUCAAAUGCAAAGUUGGAAUCAAUAUCUGCCAUGGCAGUUUACAAAGACAAAAGCCAUGAAGAGCUGAGAUGGGAGGAUUACCAGCGUGGUGAUAAAGGUGGCCCUGCUCCUGCUGGUCAAUCUACUCCAGGCAUGAACUUUGGCAUGUCGACUCCAGCACCAACUCCAUCAAGCCCUUUUGGAACCCCAACGUUCGGGCAAACGUCAUCAAACCCAUUUUCAUCAUCUGUGCAACAGAACCCAUUUGCUUCAAAACCUGCAACUUUUGGAACUACAUCUACCUCAGCAUUUGGGUCCUCACCUUUUGGUUCUAUUACAACACCCUCCGCUUUCGGGUCAACUCCUGCAGCAACACCUUCCCUUUUUGGAACAUCUGGUCAAACCUUUGGUUCAGGCACUUCUCCUUCUCUCUUUAGUACCGGAAGCUCUUCGGCAAUUGGAUCUACAUCUAUAUUUGGUUCUACACCUGCUCAAGGGGCCACUACAGCAUUUGGUUCGACUUUAAACUUUGGGAAUUCUCAGCCAUCCUCUCUGUUUCAGUCAUCACCUUCACUCGGAGCAGGAACUACAUUUGGGCAAACUAGUUCCGCCGUUGGACAAAGUCAUGGCUUUGGCCAGAACCCUUUCAAUAAUGCACCAUCUGCCUUUGGGUCAAAUUUAUUUUCAGGCAGCACAGGCAACCAAUUUGGCUUUGCUCAAAGCACUCCCUCUCUUUCAGCUCCUUUUCAACCCAGUCUUCCUACUCAGACACCUAGUAGUUUUAACUUCAGCACAUUUGGACAGGCACCAUCAGGUGGGAGCAUGGGCCUUGGUGGAUCAGGCCUGUUUACACAGGGUCUUGGACAGUCUUCUUCCAAUCAGAUCUCUGCAGUUGCACAACCGGUUGCUGUCACAAAUCCUUUUGGGACUCUUCCAGCAAUGCCUCAUAUGUCAAUUGGCAAUACCGGAACCUCACCAUCCAUCCAAUAUGGGAUUUCUAGCAUGCCUGUUGUUGAUAAGCCUACCCCUGUCAGAAUAUCAUCCUUUUUGACGUCCCGACAUUUGUCUCAGAGACGGAUCAGGCUACCGGCAAGGAAAUAUCAUCCUAAGAAUGACGGUUCACGUGUUCCUUUUUUCAGUGAUGAUGAAGAAGCUCCGAGCACACCAAAGGCAGAUGCCCUAUUUGUUCCCAGGGAAAAUCCAAGAUCUUUGAUAAUUCGGCCGAUUGAUCAGUUGGCGAAAACUUCAAUGAAGAAAGCAUUUGUCGUGGUGCACGAAAAUGGUAAAACAUGUGAAGAGAACGAGCAUCUCCAAAAUGGAUCUGUUGCUGAAGGAAACAAUAGCAUACCCAAUGGGAAUGGAUUGAACAAGGGAAGCCAUCCUGUUAAAAUCAACCAGAAACCUGGUGCCAUCUCUGACGAUGCUUCGAACCAUAAAGGAGACUCAUACAUUACACUUUCAGGUCACAGAGCUGGUGAGGCGGCAAUUGUAUAUGAGCAUGGGGCUGAUAUCGAGGCAAUGAUGCCAAAACUCCGACACUCUGAUUAUUACACGGAACCCCGGAUCCAAGAACUGGCUGCCAAAGAAAGGGCUGAGCCUGGGUUUUGCAAGCAUGUUAGGGAUUUCAUUGUGGGACGGCAUGGUUACGGAAGCAUUAGAUUCCUGGGAGAGACUGAUGUUAGACGGCUUGAUCUUGAGUCUCUCAUCCAGUUCAACAAUCGGGAGGUAAUUGUCUAUAUGGAUGAUAGCAAGAAACCCCCAGUUGGUCAAGGUCUUAACAAAACCGCAGAGGUAACCCUUCUGAACAUCAAGUGCUAUGACAAAAAGACUGGAAACCAGAUCUUAGAAGGACCAAGAAUUGAAAAAUACAAGGAGAUGCUCAAGAAGAAAGCGGAGGACCAAGGUGCUGAAUUUUUGUCAUACGACCCUGUCAAAGGAGAGUGGAAAUUCAGGGUCAACCACUUUAGCAAAUAUGUGUUUAACGACGAUGAUCAGUGGGACAUUAUCUGAUCCUUGCUGCUUUUUAUCUUGAUAACAAGGGAAAGUCAGAUGGUUUGAUGUAUCUGGUUGCUGCAAAUUUUCUGCUAGCUGCUUUUGGUAAUUUUUUUGCUGGCAGAGUGUUGUGAUCUAUCACCUUUUUUCUUCCUUUCUUUUUUCUUUUUUUUGUAUAUGCAGCAAGGGUUUUUGUUGCAAUUUCAUCUUGUGGAAAAUUGUAAUGUAAUGUUGAUUUUCAAUCUUGGAAGUGCAACGUUUGGAACCAGUCAACUUUAAAAAUAGCAACUCUUCCCAACUUUGAGAUGCCAGUGCUGUUAUUUUCGUAGAAGUUUAAUUGAGUUCCAGGUAGCGAAGCGCACCUGCCUAUACCAUGCCGAUGCAGUUAUGCUGGUGUAUUAAUGGAGCCGUAGCAAUGGUGAAUGUAUAUACCCAAAAAGUCACAAGGACACAGUCCUUAAUUUAGUAUCCAAAUACUUGGAAGGCUUCUUGGAUGCAUGUUGAAAGGAUCGUAUAAGAAUUAGCUUAUCUUACAAAUGGGGCUCUCAGACAAAAGUAUACCAAGCAUAUAUUGUAUAUGUUGUAUAGGCUGUAGUUGUACCAAAUCAUAUAGAAUUCAAAGAUGUAAAAUUUUAUGUUAUUUGGGGUGACUAAAGCUCACUGUACACGAUAUAAACCGUUGCGUACAUGAGUUGCGACCUUGGUUCUAUGGUACAUACUACAUAGUGUUCCAAAUUAAUUCUCA